AUGGUUGCUGCUUUUCCAUCAUAUUUCACAGUCAUAAUGCUUCUAAGCCGUUUGAUGGCUUUCAUAGGAAUACCAAAGAACGAUGAUGUUCUUUCAUCGAAUCUCGAAGACCUUGAUAUUGGAUCAAAACUCUCCCGUGGUCCGUCCGCCAUUGCAUCCUCCUCUCAAGAUUUUGGACUCAUUGUGAAAUCCGUUCCCCAGGCGGUUCUCUUCCCUUCCUCGCCGCAAGACAUCGCUUCUCUCCUCAAAUCCAACUACAAUAGUUCGGCUCCCUUCACCGUAGCCGCCAGAGGGAAUUCCCACUCCGUCCGCGGCCAAGCCAUGGCGAAGAACGGCGUCGUCGUUGACAUGACGUGGUUGAACAAGAAUCCAAACAAAAUCGGAAUCCGUAUUUCCAACGACGGGAAGUACGCGGACGUCGGCGGCCAACAGCUUUGGAUCGAUGUGUUGAACGUGACGCUGAGGAGUGGAUUGUCGCCUGUUUCUUGGACCGAUUAUUUGUAUCUAACCGUUGGCGGAACGCUGUCCAAUGCUGGAAUCAGUGGGCAAACGUUUCGUUAUGGUCCUCAGAUCAGCAACGUUUAUGAAAUGGACGUUAUAACAGGGAAAGGUGAUUUUGUGACUUGCUCUCCAAACAACAACUCCGAUCUCUUUUUUGCUGUUCUUGGAGGUUUAGGCCAGUUCGGAAUAAUAACAAGAGCAAGAAUCCCACUUGAAACAGCACCAAAACGGGUUAAGUGGAUACGGAUGUUUUACAGUGAUUUCACAGCUUUUAGUAGAGACCAAGAGCUCUUGAUCUCCAAAAACGAAAGGGCAGACAAGAACGCACUGAAUUAUGUAGAAGGCUCGCUUCUGUUGAAUCAAGGCUCUUUAGAAAACUUCAGAUCCACCUUUUUCCCACCCCAAGAUCAACCCAAAAUAAUCGCCUUGAUAACCAAAUACGGCAUCGUUUACAGUCUCGAAAUCGUCAAGUAUUAUUACGAUGAUCAAACCAAUGCCACUGUGGACAAGGAUCUGCAGCAGCAGCUUCAAGGCUUGACGUACCUGCCUGGAUUUCUGUUCGAAAAAGGUGUCUCAUACGUAGAGUUCUUGAAUAGGGUACGAAGUGAAGAGCUGAAGCUGAGAUCAAAAGGAUUAUGGGACGUUCCACAUCCAUGGUUGAAUCUUUUUAUACCCAAAUCUCGGAUGACAGACUUCAACCAUGGUGUUUUUAAAGGCAUUGUCCUUCAAAGAAAGAUUACCAUUGGCCCUCUCCUUGUUUACCCCAUGAACAGAAAUAAGUGGGAUGAUAGGAUGUCAGCUUCUAUACCAGAUGAAGAAAUUUUCUAUACAGUAGGGUUUUUGCUUGCAAGUGGGUUCGAUAAUUGGCAAGCUUUUGAUGAUCAAAACAAGGCAGUUUUGCGAUUUUGUGAAAAGGCUGGUAUUGAGGUUAAGCAGUAUCUUCCUCAUUAUACAACUAAAGAAGAUUGGAUUACUCAUUUUGGCUCGAAAUGGAAUGCUUUUCAGCAGAGAAAACAGCAGUUUGAUCCAAAAUUUUUGUUAUCUCCUGGACAAAGUAUUUUCAAUAGCAAUAGCUAG